GGCCCAGCCAGGCUCGCUGGUGCUGCCUGGACACAGCCUGACCCUCCAGUGCCACGCGGAGGCCGGCUUUGACACAUUCGCUCUGACCAAGGACGAGGGGCUCACACCCCCCCAGCGCCUCCAUGGGCAGCACAGCCCCGACUUCCCCCUGGGCCAUGUGAGCCAGAUCCACGGAGGCCGGUACCGAUGCUACAGUGGACACUACCUCUCCUCUGUGUGGUCAGCCCCCAGCGCCCCCCUGGACAUUCUGGUGGCAGGAAUGUACAAGAAACCCUCCCUCUCGGCCCAGCCGGGACUCUCAGUGCCCUGGGGAGUGACCGUGACCCUGCAGUGUGGGUCUGAGAUCUGGUUUGACACCUUCCACCUGCACAGGGAGGGGUCACUGGAUCCUCCCCAGCACCUUCAUCUGCAGAACACGUCUGCACCCUCUCAGGCCAACUUCACCCUAAGUCCUGUGACCUCAGGCCACCAGGGGACCUACAGGUGCUAUGGCUCAAACAGCACCUCCCCCUACCUGCUCUCACAGCCCAGUGACCCCCUGGAGCUGCUGGUCUCAG